AUGGCUCUCCGAACAACACCUGAAAAGGUGACGCAAGAACGCGACAUAGAUCAUGUCAAAGGACUACUCUGCGAGACCGCCCUCGAACUGGCUGUGCUUGGCGAAGUCGACUCUGCGAGAGAUCUGCUCAGUCUUCUUGCAUCCGCUACGGGAGAACCAGUCAGCCUCUUCCAGGCCGGUCUCAGCUUCGCAUCGCGAGCGACAGGUCAGUGGCCAGUGGGAACUUCGGAGGAGGCGAAAUCGCAAGACGCCCUAUCAAAACUUCGCCAGCGAUGUAAAAGAGACAGUUCGCAUGGCUUCCCUAUCGGUGGAAACGUCUACGACGAGUCUGGUCUGAAGGCAUGUCUUGAAGCGAAGGAUGUCUGUGGAGCUGACAGCACUACCGGUAGUUCGGCCAUGGGCAAGGGAGUGCGGCUGGUGCAGGCAUUGGACAUCUCGUUGAAGUUGCAUUAUUCCGGUGGCCCAUUGGAUCCAGGCUCACAAGUGCGAAGAUCUGCACGGAUAGCAUCGCUGUCAGAUAGUGCUGCCGAUCAGUCACCGGAGACGGUCUCUACCACCUCAGCACGACCAGGUGGUGUUGCCGUUGCAGACUUGGAUGCUCAAAGCGCUGAAGUAGUUGGCAUGAUCGCCGUACGCUGGAGGGCAUAUCAGCAGAUACGCUACCUGGCAGAAGCAGAGAGUCUAUGGCCAUACUGGCUCGCGGGCCUACUUGCCGAUGCUCUUUCGCUUGACCGAGAUGAUUUGACAGCCAAGGGACAAGCAUUGGUCGAAACAUUCAAAUCGAGGCUCGAUCAUGGCUUCGUUCCGUCUAUACUGGCGGGAAAGUCGAUGAAAGAGCUCCUCGACCUCGCGGCGAAAAGCAGCUUCGAUCGCAUGACAGAAGAUGGCCACCCAGAAAGCAGUAGGAUGUUCUUUAAAGCAGGAGCAUCGGAAGAAGAGAUCGAAGCCCUUGAGGGUCGCCUCCAAACCGUCCUUCCUGACGACUACAGAGAGUUCCUUCAAAUUACGAACGGCUUUGGCGUAGGCGAAUCUGGCAUCUACAACGGCUACUUCCCAAGCCCGGCGCUUCAUGCUACUGUCGAUGUCAAGUGGGACGAAGAGGAGUACUUACAGCUACCCGUGGAGCUUCUACAACUCCCGCGUGAACUGGAACAACUAGCCACAUCUCACUGGAAACAACGAAGCACACGACCGAAUGGUUACCUCGAUUGGGAAGGAGCUCUACCUAUCUUCGAUCGUGUGCUGGAGCUGGGAACUCUUGACAUUUAUAACAUCUGGCUCGUCCACCCGAUGUUGGUUGAGCAGUGUCGCAAUGCGUAUCACGAGAUGUACAGAAACGCCAACAAGAAGCAAAGAAAACGGAUCUUGCUGGCUAUGGAGUCCUUCGCUGGCAGCAAAGGGGCUUUUGAGCAAUUGCACUGGUGCUGUGUGACUUGGGCGGCGGGAGGCUCUGCUUGCAUGACUGCGUACGCUAGCUUUCGUGACUACAUCGAGGCCAUGACUUUGCGAUCAAUGCAACGGAGAGCUGAAUGA